ACAAUCAUGAUCAUCAAAGCGCUUUCAUUAUCAAUAAUAAGCACAAGACUCGAAGAUGGCUUUGUUGUUUACGGCAACACCGGCAAUCAAGAGAGCUGUCGCAUCAAUCAAUGCCUUAGAAGUGUCCAAGUUUCCACUGCUGUUGACCAGAAUCACACAAAAACUCCAUUUGAAGGAUGACAGAACCUUCAGUGAGGAUGAAGAAUCAAAGUUACAGGAUGCCCUUGGGCUCACAGCUGGUGACCUUGAACUUGUCCUGCAGACUCUGGAGUUUUUCUUGCAACAGGCAGCGUACCAUGCCGCCAAGCCAGCAGUGUUUACACAACAGUUACGGCAGCUGGAUAUGGAUGAGGAUAAGGUGAAGACUGUCGUAGAGGCUUGGACUAGCAGUGGAAGAGAGGUGGUUCAAAGGCUGAGACAAAGAACGCUCAAUCCUAAACAGCUCGAGGACAUCAACUGGCGGCUCAAUCUCCAAAUGGCCACGUCCACACAACUUAAGAUGAAGAUGCCAAAUGCCAUGUUUGAAUUGUCUGUCAAAAAUGAAAAUACUGAUAAAAAGGAGAAGAUAAGGAUGGAGUUUACUCACGAAGAACUUUAUAAGUUCUACAACCAGCUGGAGACGGUACAGAAACAGUUGGACAGCUUAAGUUGAUGACUCGUCCUUAUAAGGAGAUUCGAACAAAUUACUACUGUGAUAGGGGGUUGUACAGGCAGUUGGUCAGUGUAGACUGACCAGGGGGCAGUGAUGGACAAAUAGUGGAUAUGUAUAUGUACAGUCGGUGUGGACCAACACAUACAGGACAAUGAGAACUGUGGACAAAUUGUGGAUAUGAAGAGUCGGUGUGGAUUAACACGGGACAAUGAGAAUUGUGGACAAGUUGUGGAUAUGAAGAGUCGGUGUGGAUUAACACAGGACAAUGAGAAUUGUGGAUAUGAAGAGUCGGUGUGGAUCAAUGCAGAACAGUCUCAAUAGUCAAAACAUGUUUUGGAGAGUCAAAUUAAUGGUCUACUAGAAAUCCACAUACAUUCAGUAUAUAUAAAUGUAUCUACUCUCGGUCACCAUCUAACGUGUUCAUUUACUGAAUAAUGAUGUCUAUCGUAACGACAGAGCUGUACAACGUCCAUCAUGAUGAAAUUACGUUUUUAGCUCACCGGUUACGAGUAACCGAGAGCUAAUGCUGUCACCCCGGCGUCGGUGUCGGCGUCCCACCCCAAAACUUUAAAGUUUUUGGAGUAAGUUUUUGGAAAGCUUGUAAGUCCAAAAGUACACACCUCAGGCCCUUCUAAGUUGGUUUAUGCAUUCAUUAGGGGUCUAGGAGUGAUGUUAUGGCAAAAUAAUGCAGAAAAAAAUUGUGAUUUUUUCGCAUUUUACCAUUAUGUGGACUUAACUUUUUUGCCACCAAAACUCACUUUAAAUUUUUGGGGUAAGUCAAAAAGUAUUCACCUCAUGCCCUUCCAAUUGGUUUAUACAUUCAUUAGAGAUCCAGGAGUGAUGCUGUGGCAAAUCAUAGAGAAAAAAAAAUGGCCUUUUGGCAUUUUACUAUUUAGUGGACUUACUUUUUUUGACACAAAAACUCACUUUAAAGAUUUUGGGGGUUAGUUUUGAAAAGCUUGGAAGUCCACAC